CAUAUUCAAGGUAACAAGAAAUCCUUUUCAAACCUUGGAAGUUAUCAACCACCUUCUGAAGCGAUGAACGAGAAGGAUUUUACGACCGCAGGGGACGCCAACUGGAGAGCGGCCUGUGAGUCCGAGGCGAGGGCGAGGGAAGGCUGGCAGACGAGGUACGGAUGGAUCAAGCAGGAGUAUGCUACCAUGGCUCAGGAACUGCAGGAGCUGAAGAACCGCAGACCUCGGCGACAGACCUGUCAGGAUACUCGGGACAACAGAACUGUGUUACCUUUCCCAGUUACCACAGCCAGAGAGAUCGGAUGGUUGUCUGGAAGACCUGAGUUCAGGCUGGAGGUUUUAGGACCUUAUCCUUACACGUCCCAGGCUCGACCUCCUCUACACCCUCCUGGAUGUGAUGGGGCCCAUGGCUGUUGAGAGUUACACAUACAACCCUUGAUACUAAAUUUUUGUUGAAACAAAUGGCAGCGUAACUUUAAUAACUUAAAAAAAGAAUUUAAAUAAAAUU